UUUACCAACACACAAACGCAAAGAACAAAGCGCACACACAUAGAGCGAGAGUAAUCAUAAAGCAGCUCUCUGGCCCUCCAUUUCUCGUAAUCGCCAUGGAUUUCCACAUCUAUGGUGUUUCCAAGCUCAUUCUCACAUCUUAUCUCGUACUCUUCGCUGGUAUAUGCCUUGCAUUGCCCGGAGGAAAAUCGACCCACCGGUCGUCUUCUCCGGCGACAUCUGGUCAAAUCAACUCUAAUUCGAUCCUUGUUGCCCUUCUCGACUCGCAUUACACCGAGCUCGCCGAGUUGGUCGAGAAGGCUCUGCUCUUGCAGACCCUGGAAGACGCUGUGGGUCACCAAAACAUCACCAUCUUCGCGCCGAGAAACGAAGCUCUGGAGCGCGACCUGGACCCGGACUUCAAGCGAUUCUUGCUCGAGCCUCGGAAUCUGAAGUCGCUGCAGAAUCUGCUAAUGUUUCACAUCAUUCCCAGGAAAAUCGGAUCGGACGAGUGGCCGGUUCAACCCAGUGAGUCGGCUCGUCACGACACGCUCUCCAACGGUCACCAUCUCCAUUUGAUGACGAGUGAGGGUUCCGGCGAGAGAGUCGUCGAUCUCGCCAGGGUGGUUCGCCCGGAUGACGUUGUUAGGCCAGACGGCGUGAUCCACGGUAUCGAGCGGCUGUUGGUGCCGCGGUCGGUGGAGGAGGAUUUCAACAGCCGGCGGAGUCUCCGGUCGAUCUCCGCCGUGUUGCCGGAGGGAGCGCCGGAGGUGGAUCCCCGGACGAACCGGCUGAAGAAGCCCGCACCACCGGUUCCGGCCGGUUCGCCACCGGUUCUCCCAAUCUACAACGCAAUGGCACCCGGACCGUCCCUAGCUCCGGCGCCGGCUCCAGGUCCCGGCGGGCCCCACCACCACUUCGACGGUGAGGCACAGGUCAAGGACUUCAUCCAAACCCUCCUACUCUACGGUGGGUACAACGAAAUGGCCGACAUUUUGGUGAAUUUGACCUCAUUGGCCACCGAAAUGGGACGACUGGUCUCGGAAGGAUAUGUGCUGACCGUUUUGGCCCCGAACGACGAGGCCAUGGCGAAGCUGACGACCGACCAGCUGAGCGAGCCGGGUGCACCGGAGCAGAUAAUGUAUUACCACUUGAUACCGGAAUACCAGACGGAGGAGAGUAUGUACAAUGCGGUGAGGAGGUUCGGGAAGGUCCGGUACGAUACUCUCCGGUUACCGCACAAGGUGGGGGCGGAGGAGGCCGAUGGGUCGGUGAAGUUCGGGCAGGGAGACGUGUCGGCCUAUUUGUUCGACCCGGAUAUAUACACGGAUGGAAGGAUUUCAGUGCAGGGGAUUGAUGGUGUGUUGUUUCCGGAGGAGACCAAACCGGAGACUAAUACGGUUAAAACCACUGCUAAGAUUGUGACCAAACCAAGAAGAGGGAAGUUGCUGGAAAUGGCCUGCUGGAUGCUAGGGGAUUCUCGAUUUGCAUCUUGCCAAUGAAGAAUAUUUCCACUUCCCUUGUCUGACAGAAUUCGCCCAAAGUGACUGAUGCACUGAGAUUGGAAGAAGACAAAGGACAGGAAAGCACCUCAGGUUAAUGAAGGACUGAGGUUAUUGUUAUCUAUUUUGUUUCGUUUCGGGCUUCAGCAAAUCUUUCUAUUACAUGAUAAAUCGUGUCUUGGAAAAUUGGAAAUGGAGGAGGUUGAAAGGGGAUCCUCUUGUUUGUAUUUGUUCGCUUCUUUGCUCACCGGGUUGCAUGACCUCCCAGGAGAGAAGAAGAAAACCACUCUUAGUAUAAGUACACUGUCAAGUACAUAAAAUGUAUUUUGAUUUUUUAUUUUUUGGUGGUGGUGGUGGGCAUUUAAGUUGUGUGUGAUCCAGGAAAACUGGGGCCGGAGUGUCUUUAUGUUGUCAUCUCUGCCCAUUCAAUAAAAACUUGGAACAGAAUUUUUGUGGAAUACAAUAAAAUGGUUCAUCUGUGCUUGGAAUGUAA